AUGCGUUUUAAAAGAAAAGAACCUAGAGAAUGGUCUGAUGAUGAUGUUAUUGCUUGGAUUUUGGAUGUGGCUAGAAGACAUAGAAUUCCUUGCGAAAAUAUGAAUUUAACAAAAUUCGCCAAAUGCACUGGACCUUUAUUAAUGUUGAUGAAUGAGCAAAGUUUUAAAGAGCAAGAUCCCAAUUAUGGAUCUUUACUUUUUGGUGAAUUUUGUAAAUUGGUUACCGACGAAAAUUUUAUUGAUGAAUGGAUGCGUAUUAACGGGCCUUCAUGUAGCAGUAGUUAUAGUGACCAUCAAAGACAGUCUUCAACAAUUAAAGAGAACCCUCCUCCUCCUCAACCUAAUUACCAACAACAAUCUCUCCAAAUGACUAGAGCAACAAAUAAUGUUGGGAAUUUAUUGAUGGCCAAUUUAGCUUUGAAAUUAUCUGCUCCCCAAUCUUCUGAUUCUUCUGGACAACAAGGACUUCUUUUGGCAGCUGCUGGAUUUGCUGCAAAUAAUCAACAGCAACAACAACACUAUCAUCAACAGCAGAGAUUAACGGGCCAAUUACCCCCUCCUUUAGGGCAUUUAUUAUCUCCAACAGUUGGACAGUCCUCUCUAUUGGCACUUCAACAAGGGGGGACACCAACAAUACACGCUCCCUCCCCUAUAAACCCUUCACAAAGACAACAACAAAUUGUGGGGGCUGUUAAUCAUAUUUUGCAGCAACAACCUGGAGGAAGUCAACAAGGGAUUGGAGGGAGAAUGUGUGUUAGAGGAGUGAGACCGGGACAACAACGGAGUUUGAAAGUAGCGGAACAAAAAAUUCGUCGAAACAAAGAUGGCAGACCACGAAAACGUUCUCAACACACAAAAGGCAACAAAUUAUGGGAAUUCAUUAGGGACGCAUUAAAAGACCCAAGAACUUGCCCUUCAAUUGUUCGUUGGGAAGAUCCUUCUGAAGGAGUGUUUCGAAUUGUUGAAUCUGAACGGUUGGCAUUUUUGUGGGGACAGAAGAAGAAUAACCAAAAAAUGACUUAUGAGAAGUUGAGCCGAGCAAUGAGGACUUAUUACGAAAAGCAAAUACUUGUUCCUGUGCCAAAAUCAGGACUUUACCCUAAAAAAUUGGUUUACAAAUUCGGUCCGAGCGCUAUGGGAUGGAAAAUGGCUGCUUCUAUGGCUGUCCAAACACAAUUAGCAAUUGUUGGUAGUUCAACAGAUAUUUCUCCUCAAAUUCAUCAUCACCAACUUCAACGUUUAUGA